AUUAGGUGUGAAGACAAUUUUUUGUGAUUCAAGCGUGGAUUCAAGUAAUCAUUAAAGUCUUCGGUCUAAUUUCUAUUUUCUAUAAUUAAACUAAAUCCUCCGUGACUAAAUCAGUACAAUUUUGAAGUUUGAUCACGUACUAGAAGUUAAAAUAUUAAUUUCGGCUCUAAUUAAAUCGAUAUUAUGACUUAUGAUUUUCGAGAUUUCGAUGAAGAUUCGUCGGACGAAAGUUUUAGUGAUACAAGUGAAAAUGACAAUGAAAAUUUUCAGAUGUCAGGAAGUGAUGAAGACAACAAUGAAGAUGGUACAGCCGCCAUGAAUGAGAAUGAUAACUUAGCAAGUGAGGAUGAUGAACAAGAUGAUGAUGAUGAUGAAGUUGUCAAAGCUAUUAAAGACGAAAAAAACAAGCCACGAGAUCAUCCACCGACAAUUAAAACCGAUGACUUUGUUGUAGACAUUUCAUUCCAUCCAUUGAAAAAUAUUAUAGCACUAGCAAACAUAGUUGGUGAUGUCUUACUUUAUGAUUACAACAAUGAUGAAUGUAAAUUAGUGAAUACCCUAGAACUGCAUCUUAAAUCUUGCAGGGAUGUGGAAUUUGAUGACAAUGGACUUACAAUGUUUACAACAGCUAAGGACAAAACAAUAAUGGCAACUGAUUUUGAAACAGGAAAAUUGAAGCAAUGCUAUGAAAAUGCACACGAAGUACCAGUUUAUAGACUCAUAUCUCUAGAUGACAACAAAAUUGUAACAGGUGAUGACAAUGGUGUCGUAAAAUUAUGGGAUUUGCGGAAACAAGAUCCAAUUUUUGAUAUUAAAGUUGGUGAGGACCAUGUGGCUGAUAUGAUAACAAAUGAAUCCCAAAAAUACUUAGUUUGUGCUGGUGGAGAUGGUUUAUUGACAACAAUUGAUUUGAAGGGAAGUAAAAUCUACACUACAUCAGAGCAAUAUGAUACAGAACUGACAUGCCUUGGUCUGUUUAGAUCAGACACAAAAUUGGUUGCUGGAUCGUCAAGUGGAAAAUUUUAUUUGUUUAAUUGGAAGGAAUUUGGCUUACAUAGCGAUGAGUAUGUAGGUCACAAGAGCUCAGUGCAGUGCAUGAUCCCUAUAACUCAAAAUAUAGUGGUGAGUUCUGGUGAAGACGGGAUACUGAGAGCUGCACACUUGUUCCCUCAGAGGCAAUUAGGGAUUGUGGGACAGCAUAGUUUACCAGUCGAAUGUAUAGACAUAAGCCACGAUGGCAAUUAUAUAGCAUCCUCGUCACAUGACAAUGAUAUAAAGUUUUGGAACAUUUCUUACUUUGAGUCAAUAGACUCCAUUAUAGAUGUAAACAAAAAACAAGACAAAAAGAAGGACCUACUGAAUAAUUUACCGUCCAGCAAUAUUAAAAAUGCUUCAGACUUCUUCUCCGGAUUAGUAUGAAUUUUUAGUACAAUAAAGUUUAAGUUAUAAUUAUGAUACAAUAA